AUGGACGACAACGAAAAAAUAAUUACUACCGUAUGGGAGUCUGUAAGGACCAUUGCAAAUAAAGAAGCAGAAGCCCUGGGAAAACAAGUGUCACCUGCUUUCACCGCAUCUUUGGCUGAAAUUCUCCUUUCACAAAUGGGUAUCAUGGCUUCGGACUUGGAAGCGUUUGCAAGUCACGCUAAACGUGCUGGUAUUUCUAUGGAAGAUGCCAAGGUAAAAUAG